GCUGCAACCUUUCCGCUCAUGUGGCAUCUUUCUUCUGUUUUGUUUGCAGGCAAAAUGUUAACCGAAUCAAAAACCGACAAGCUUGAUCUGGAUCCAGAGAGCAUACUCGAGUUUAGCCAGGAGAAAACUAUCUUCAACUCGAUACAAACGAAGAAUUCUAAAGAUGUGCUCAUGAAUACAGAUGCACCUUCUCGACCGGUCAUUAGCAAGAAAACAACCCUUUUUCUUGCUUAUCAAGCGAUCGGUGUCAUUUACGGCGACAUUGGAACAUCGCCAUUGUAUACCUAUUCCUCUACGUUUACGGACAAUCCUACGCGCGAAGACGUCUUGGGCGCAUUGUCAGUUAUCAUUUGGUCAAUGACACUUGUAGUUUCAGUCAAGUACUGUAUAUUUGUAUUAUCGGCUAACGAUCAUGGCGAGGGUGGCACUUUUGCUCUGUAUUCAUUGCUAUCACGCUAUGCAAAUAUCAAUUGGAACAAUCCGAACGCAGUUGGCCGAGCCGGCUUUAAACGAUAUCCCACCGGUGACAUUAAAAGUGUGAACCGAGGACUGCGUCGCUGGAUUGAAAACUCGAGCUUUCUACGCCAUUUGAUCAACUUGCUAUCCAUCAUCGGUGUUUGUAUGGUCAUUGCUGAUGGAAUGCUGACACCAGCCCAAAGUGUGAUUGGCGCUAUUCAAGGUCUCCGGGUUGAGGCACCGCAAAUCACUAUUGAAGCGCGUACUGGCAUAUCCGAGGUUAUUCUCAUUCUCAUUUUCCUGAUCCAAGGCUUUGGCACGACCAAAAUAGGCGUAACAUACGCACCCAUCGUGAUUAUCUGGCUUUUGCUGAACCUGUCCUGCGGUAUAUACAGCGUUAUCAAAUACGAUGCAAGCGUCUUUCAAGCAUUCUCUCCGUAUUGGAUAUACCAUUGGUUUGCUUCUCACGGCACACAUGGAUGGGAAAUGUUAGGUGGAACGCUGAUGAGUAUCACUGGUAUGGAAGCCCUAUUCGCUGAUGUGGGUCAUUUUUCUCCUACAGCGGUCCGCUUUUCUUGGCUUUUCUUUGCUUAUCCCUGUCUACUAAUGGCGUAUAUCGGUGAAGCUGCAGUUAUCGUGUCUGAUUCAACUAAUACUGCGUGGUUAAAUCCGUUCUACUCUAUGGUCCCCGCUCAAGCAUUUUGGUUCGCCUUUGUUAUAGCUGUACUUGCUGCCAUUGUCGCUUCUCAAGCUAUGAUCACUGGAUGUUUCUCCAUUCUUAGUCAGGCUAUGAAUCUCUCGUGCUUUCCUCAACUCAAGGUGGUGCACACAUCCACCAGGUUCAAGGGCCAGGUGUAUAUUCCUGUCGCAAAUUGGCUCUUGAUGCUUGGAACGCUUGCCGUGGCAGGUGGUUUUCAAGAUACCACAGCUCUUGGUAAUGCCUAUGGUGCUUGUGUUAUCACUACGGCAUUCAUCACAACGAUCCUUAUGACAUUGGUGACGUCUAUUGUCUGGCGCUGGAAUAUCUUCUUCUCGAUCGCUUUUCUCCUGUUCUUUGGACUUAUUGAUGGCGCUUAUCUCACAUCAACUUUACGCAAGGUACCCCAAGGUGCAUGGUUUACAAUUGUGGUUGCUGCUGUGCUGUCUGCUGUAAUGUAUAUCUGGCGGUACGGCACACUGCGUCAAUGGGAAUACGAGGGCAUGCUCAAGCUCAAGUUGCGCAAGGAUAUGCUCCUCCCGGAAGAAAGCAGCGAUGCGAAUACUGUUGCCAACCAGGUCACUACAAAGUUGAACACUACCAUGAUUGUAUUUGACCCAGCUGGUUUUGAUUCGCCCAUGUCGAUCCAGCACUUGCAGAGCGUGUUGCACGUGGAGCCUACUGUUCAGAUCUUUUGCCAUCUCCGCCAUGCUAAUAUCGCUAACGUUCCGGCCGACGAGCGGAUGAUUGUGUUUAAGCCGGAAGAAACCACAUCAACUUAUCGUAUUAUCCUACGCCAAGGUUACAACGACUUACCCGACACAAGUGCCGAGUUUGGUAUUAUGCUUUCAAACAGGAUUGCCCAACUACUGCAAGAAGAGAACCUGCAAUCUGAAUUGGAUAUCGUCACAGCGGCACAAGCUCAUCAGCUGACAUAUCUUACAAACACCAUUAACGUCAACUCCAGACCUGGUGCGUUCUUCAUUCAUCGCUUCCUAAUUGAAAUGUAUGCAUGGCUCAGACGAAAUACCAUGGGAAACCAACAAGAGAUGUAUGGAGUUCCAGUGGAGAAGAUGAUUCAGAUCGGUAUACAAUAUGAGCUCUGAUACUUUUGUUGCGUCAUUACUCUUUUUUUUUUAUUUUUUUGUCGAGUCUAUCCUUUUUUGCAUACUUGAACAUAUUACUACCCUCUUUAUAUAUAUUACGAGUACUAUUACUUAUUAUAAUGAGUUUUUACUUCUUCUUUCAAUAUGUACUGUCUAUUUUGAAUACGCUACUGUAGAUUAGCAACAUUUAUAAUAAAAAUUAUGUCCUUCUUGUGACCUAAGGGUAGC